AUGGCUGAUGCUGGACGAAGCCCCCGCCAGACCCGUGCCAGCGCCGCAGGAGGCACUCAACUGAGACAGCGCAAGGCCGCCACCGGAUCCGGAGCCCGUGCCCGCACCGCUGGACCAGCCGCCGGAGCCGGAGCAAAUGGUGGACUCUGGCGUUUCUACACCGAGGACUCGACCGGCCUCAAGAUCGGACCAGUCCCCGUUCUGGUGAUGUCCCUCGUCUUCAUCGCUUGCGUCUUCGUCCUGCACAUCUGGGGCAAGCGUGGUCCUCGCUACAGUUCAGGCGGAUGCUUCAUUUCGUCGUCGGCCGGAAGUUGCGCAAGUGGAUUCGAGCGCAUUGACCAUUCGUUGGAUUGGAACGUGAAGAAUCUUCGGCUUUUCCCAGAAAAAGACCCUCGAAACAAGGUGCCCCUCAAUUUCAUGCAAUCUUUCGUGCAAGCCUCACUUCAUCGGAAAACGGUAAAAUGGAUUGUGGAUGAGGUGAAGAUGGACAAGAUGUUGGCGCAAUUCAAUACGAAGAAAUACGGUGGUGAUGAGUAUUGGCUGGGGACGCUGCAUGGUACGCCGGAACUGGGAAUGCCGGGCGCCGUGAAGCAGUGCAGCGCGGGGGUGAAGUUGGGACGGCCGUUGUCAAGAGCAGACACCUGGAACCCAUAUUUCAUGCCGAUACGCUGCAAAAGCCACUACAUGAAGCACAGCAUUUGCGUGCUGGGCGUCGAAAACCUUUCGGAACUCCGGGAAUCCAUUCAUUACUCUGCGAACAAGGUGCAGCCGAGCUUUGACUGGGCGGUGGCGUCUUGUAUGGCCGAGCAUCUGUUCAACGCCCAGCACCACGCGCACGAGCGGUUGUCGGAGAAGCGUCGACACAAAUAUGAGCAGCUACGGAUUGUGCGCUGCCAUCAGAUGCAGAAACAUGAAAAGUCGGCGAUCGGACAGGAAUUCCGGAUG